AUGUCCCGCGACCGCAGCAGCACGCACCGGCGCCGCAGCGACGCCGCACGCCUGAUGCGGCUCGCCGCAGCGGGCCUCGUCAUGGCCGUCGGUGCCGCCGCCGUGUGGGCGCAGGCCGCCGGCCAUCACUGCAUCCACGACAAGCUGCAGGCCCGCGUGCUGCAGUCGGUGGCGCAGCAGCACAGGCCUCCCGGCAGCGUCUCGGCCCUCGGUCUGCCCUACGUGUCCGCCGACUGGGCGCUGGCCGACAGCACGUCGCCGAGUGUCGCGCACUCCGCGGACUGGGGCACGCUGCGCAUUCUUUUAUCAGUCGAAGAUCUCAACGACCCCGACUACUACUGCUCCUACGUUGGGCAGCUUGUGAACAACCACGCUGGCGCUCUCGACAUGUGCAAAGCCGAGGACAUCCUCACGGACGCGAAGCGCAAUACACUUGUCGGCUCCCUCAUCCCGCAGGCGCUGCAGCUGCACACGGAGCGGCUGAAGGUGAGGCAGGUGCAGGGCAGCUGGAAGGUGACCGGCAUGACGGGCGACGUGUGCGGCACCUUCAAGGUGCCGAAGGCGCACGUCACGGUAGGCGUCAGCGACGCCGACUUCGUGCUGUACGUUGCCUCGGUACCGAGCGAGCCAGGCGUGCUGGCGACGGCUGUGAUCUGUCAGACAUCCUCCGACGGCCGACCUGCCGUGGGUGUCAUGAACAUCCCUGCGGCCUACAUUCGGUCAGCCUACGACCAAAUUAUGCUGCGCACCGUAGCGCACGAGGUGGCGCACGCCCUCGGCUUCGACCUCGCCGUUUUCGAGGAUGUGGGGAUUGUUGGUGACGUGAGCAACUUGCGUGGGAGGGACUACGAAGUUCCUGUGCUCAGCAGCCCCACGGUGGCGGCCAAGGCGCGCGAGCAGUACGGCUGCGCCACCUUGACGUAUCUGGAGCUGGAGGAUACGGGUGGUGGUUCUACUGCCGGCUCGCAUCUUAAGAUGCGCAACGCCAAGGAAGAGCUCAUGGCUCCUGCCGUGACUGCA